AUGUUGAAAUUCACCUAUUACAACUUUUUUCUCACAAUCAACUUGGCACUCGCUCUACAUAUACCGUCGCCUCCGAUAGCUUCAAACACAUUGGCCAGCCAUCCAUCCAUUUCAAAUAAAUUGAGCUUAAUACAACCAUCCCCUACUGCUUUACAUUUGGUUCUUCCCCGCGAGACAAAUGGAUUGGCAUCUCUUGUACUUGGACAUUUAUCCAACUAUCAAGUCACCAAGACUUAUUCACCUAUACCGGAGUUGGGAUCCAAAACUAUAGAAGUUCCCGAUGGGUUAGCCACAGUAUUUCCAGCAGAAGGCAUAGAUCUUCUGUUAGGUCUUGAUCUCUUCAAAGAGCUUAACAGCACCUUUCACACAACGUGCGAGAGAAAGAUCAGCCCGGAAUGUCAGCAGCAACUAAAAAAUAUAUUGGAAAGGGAAGAUGGAGUUGCCCUUCAAGCGCGCGGCCUUGAGUCGCUCGCCUAUGUUGGUGCAGCACUUGCGCUAUAUUUUUCUUACUUAUUUAUGAGGUUGACUUCGCAAUCAGAGACGGUCGUUUCAGUCCCAGUAGUACCACUGUUAGGAAUGCAUAUGCCACAAAGUGACCAUGCACAAAUCGCAUCAUGGGACUCGCCAGCCACCACAGUGUUUGCUACCACUAGUGGAGACGUCGCAGCCGUCACCAUUACCUCAACGCCUACGCCUACUCCAGUUGGCGAAUUUGAGCCACCAACCUUUGAGAGGAGACCAAACGGCGAUGUCGACGUUACCCUUUCGGUUGGUAUCGUUGAUGCAUUAUCCAGAAUAAUGGACGAUGUCAUUUGCGCUCGUGAUCUAGAGUCCCAAGAAGAGACCUGUAUAAAAAGGGCAACCAUCACAAUCCUCGGUCGAAUCAUACCUUGGGAGCAGCUAUGGCGUUCAAUCUUGAUUUUAGGGGAGUUUGAAAUACCAGCUCCUGCCCCUCGCAUGCAGGCUAUGAUAGAUGCUGUUGUCGAGUGGGGGAGAACUCUUCAGCCUCCAGUUGACCCCGAAACUCUAAGAAAAAUCGUCCCUAGCAUAUUGCUCAUAUCCAACAACAGGUACAAAGCAAAGGCUAUCCAGAAAUUCAAGUUAUCUCAGAAAGAGUUGAAUUCAGAAGACAAGACCGAGGAGGAGGAGGAAAAGAAGAGCCAGUGUGGUCCCCCAGAGUCCACUCCAUUCUGUCAAAAUUGUGGCGGAAAUGGCGAUCGGACAGUCAACAAAUGUCCAGGGGAUCCAGCAAAAGACAUGGUAGAGAAAGGCUGUGAUUGUUUUCCAUCCGCCAAUGUUCAACCCUACAAUUAUUUCGGUAGUGAUGCAGGUCUCGUCCAAGCAACCUUGAAUUUGCGUCUUCUUCAAGAUAAUCCACGGACGACCAGCCCCACAAGUGAAGUACAGUGCUAUACUGACGCAGGUAAAGACUACUUUGACCAACACAUGAAACUUGGUGGUCCAGUAGAAAAUUUCUGUCCGAGCAAUGGCGAUAGUUUGAGUGGUAUAUACAGCAUCGCCACAAGUGACACUGGGGUCUGUAAACAGGGAGAUCUCGAGCCUGAUUUUUGUAAGUAUGUGCCGGUACGCGGCGGACGUGUGAUACCACCAGAUGCACCGCCUGAGUGUGAUGCUGUGGGCCAAUUUCGAGACAACAUUUGUAAAGCGGCUGUCAAACAGAUAUUUGAAGCUUGUCCUGACGGUGGAGGAGUAGUAAACAAUAUGUGUGGUCGAUGGUCGAUCGGUCUAUGUUUGGGUACUGGGGAAGACUGUGAAAAGCAACUGGCUGCUAAAACUUUCCUGUUACCGGCCACUUUUAUUCGAAAGAAAGUGGGAAACUUGUAA